UUCAAAUACAAUGGCUGAGAGCAAGGAGGAGGAUGUUCAGGUUGGAGUAAACAAGUUCAGAGAGAGGCAGCCGCUGGGCACCGCCGCUCAGUCAGACAAGGAGGCGCCGCCGGCUCCUCUGUUCGAAGCCGGAGAGCUCAAAUCUUGGUCUUUUUACCGGGCUGGGAUCGCAGAAUUGGUGGCCACUUUCUUGUUUCGGUGAUGGGCGUGGGCAGAGACAAGAACAAGUGCGCCUCUGUUGGCACUCAGGGCAUUGCUUGGGCACAUCAAUCCGGCUGUGACGUUUGGAAUGUUGUUGGUGAGGAAGGUGUCGUUGUUGUACAUGGUGAUGCAGUGUGUUGGAGCUGGGGUGGUGAAGGUUUUCAUGAAGGGGCCACUCAAAGGAGGUGCCAACUUCGUCAGCCAAGAGUGAUGGCCUUGGUGCUGAGAUUGUCGCCACCUUUGUCCUUGUCUACACCACAGACUCACAUGUCCCUGUAUGUGUCCUCUUCAAUAUACUACUAACAAAUUUGGUAUUGGUAAUGAAGCAACAUGUUAGUUAGUAAUGGUGCAGAUUUUGGCUCCUCUCCCCAUCGGAUUCGCUGUUUUCCUCGUUCAUUUGGCAACCAUCCCCAUCACUGGAACCGGCAUCAACCCUGCCCGGAGCCUUGGGAUCACGCAUGGGAUGACCACGAGCAUCAAGUGGCAUUGGACAAGAAACCGCUAGAGUCCUGGCAUUACGUGGUGUUGAUGUAAUUAUGGCAGUGCGUAAUGUGGAGAGCGGUAAAAAGGUCAAAGAAACAAUACUCAAAGAGUCCCCUAAAGCUAAGAUUGAGGUUAUGGAGCUCGAUCUUUCCUCUUUGGCAUCCGUUAGGAAAUUUGCAUCCGAAUAUAACUCUUUGGGGCUUCCCUUAAACCUCCUCAUUAACAAUGCAGGGGUUAUGGCUACACCCUUCAUGCUUUCACAAGACAAUAUUGAAAUGCAAUUUGCAACUAACCAUCUAGGUCAUUUUCUGUUAACAAAUCUUCUACUGGAAAAUAUGAAAAAGACUGCAAAUGAAAGUGGGAAAGAAGGAAGAAUUGUCAUUGUUUCAUCAGAGGCCCAUCGGUAUACGUAUCGUGAAGGCAUCCGCUUUGACAAGAUCAAUGAUAGUUCAAGUUACAAUAGCAUGUUGGCAUAUGGACAGUCCAAGCUGGCUAAUGUAUUGCACGCUAAUGAACUUACAAGGCUGUUUCAGGAAGAAGGGGUUAAAAUAACUGCCAAUUCACUCCAUCCAGGAGCAAUCGCAACCAACCUUCUGCGGCAUCAUGGCAUCAUCGAGGGCCUAGUUAACUGGGUUGGUAAGUACUUCAUCAAAAACAUUCCUCAGGGAGCAGCCACUACGUGCUAUGUAGCUUUGCAUCCAGAGGUUGAAGGCGUGAGUGGUAAGUACUUUUUAAACAGCAACGUUGGCCAACCGUCAAAUCUUUCUUCAGAUAUUCAGCUGGCUAAGAAAUUGUGGGACUUCAGCUUGAAAAUGGCGAACUCUUAAAUAGUUUGAGACAAGCUCAUUUCAGAAACCAAGAAGAGCCACACAUGAUUAUAUUGUGUCAAAUAUUUGUACAUCAUCAAGACAGUUGUGUGUUUAUGGACCAUGUGAAUUUUUACUGCAAGUUCGGCAGGUUGUUCUGAUGCAUUCAAAUCUUACGUGUGUGGGAGAUUUAAUCAGAAAUAUAUGUAUGUUUUCACAUUUUUUAAGGUUUUAUUAUGAUGAGGACUGAAAUAGUUUUAUGUU